UUCCUCUCUGUUCUCUUUCUGCCCUCUCGACAGUUUUCGGGCGAGCCGACACACCGUCGGCUGGUGACGCCAUCCUCGCUCGUUGCGUUUCCGCUCGUAACGUCGCUGCUCUCGUGGGUGCGCUCAAACCUCGGCGGAGCGUGCGCGUGUUGUGCGCGCAGAACAGUGCGCGCGACGGCGGUGCGAACGAACGGACGAGCGAACGCGGACGGAGAAACGUGCGUGCGUGCGUCGUGCAUGCAUGUGGCGUGCCUUGCGAGCGGGUGGACGGACAGAAGCACACACACGGAUCGCCACCGGUGGCGGCGUCGUCCGCGAGUGACACACGGAACGGAGGCAAAGAGUGCAUCGUGUCGUGUCGAGACGGUCGCGUGUCUUUCGUUGUGUCGCGUGUAAUGAGUUUGCGUCGUAGAUCUAGUCCCGAGAGUCCGUCGCCGAGAGACGUACGCGCGACCGAAGAGGAAUCGUAUGCCGUCCAGUGUCCAUGUAAAAUCAUUCACUAGACUGCCAACCCCCUCCCCCGCUCCUCCGUUAUAUAGUUGGUUAGUUUCGUCGUGUGGUUUGAUAAGUGUUUUUGGACCUCUCUCUCUCUCUCUUUCUUUCUUUCUUUCUCUUUUGUGCCUCUUGCCCUGUACGUUGCUCCGUUUGUUCUCUCUUUCUUCGUUUCUCUUUCUUCUCCUCUCUUUUACUCUCUCUCAUCUCGGUCUUUCUUCUCUCUCCCCCUUUUAAGAAAGCGGUUGCAUUCGCAUUUUAUUGGUUAUGUUUCCCGUUACGUCGUCCCGCAUAUAGCUGUGCAGCGUGUAUCCCUUCGCGUGUAUCGGCGCAUAUCCAUCGGGUAUACGAGAAAGAGAAAGAGAGAGGCAGAGAGAGAGGAGAGAGACCGUACCGUAAACGACACACAGUAGUGCGUGCACGUAUAAAGUAAAAUGCAUAAGCUAAGACUACCUGUCAAGGUCGAAUUACCCAGUGCUAUAACAAGGAUGGUAUUGGAUCCCAAGGCCACCAGUUUACACAGUGAUUACGGAAGUUUCGAUCGACCAUUGGGCGCCGGGGAGGGCCACGAGAGGGACGUCGAGGCGGCGGUUGAUGGAAGCAGCAGCGGUAUGGCACAGUCCAGCGACGUUUAUCAGCGGCAGCCCCUGUUGCCCGGCGUUCCCUCCAAGAGCAAGGACAAGUGGUCCGGGGUGGCCUCCGGUUCGGACUACUACGAGGACGACGAAGACGAGAAAAUCGAGACGCUCGGUCGGCAUCCCGGGAUACCGAACGGCUCCGGUGCCGGCGUCGUUAAGCUCGACAUACCGGCGCCGCUGCGCGAGGAGCCGCGUUUCCCCAAGGAGAAAUGGAAAACGUUUCUCGCGUUUCUCUUCAUGGUCGUGAACUUCAUUCUGACCACGGCGUCUCUCGCGAUGGUGCACGAGCGCGUGCCGGAUAGAAACACGUACGGGCCGCUGCCGGACGUGGUGCUGGACAACGUCGCCGCGCAAGAUUGGGCGCUCACCGUCUCGGAGGUUCUCAUCAUGAUCAUGUCGAACUCCGCGAUGGUCUUCAUCAUUUUCCAUAAGCAUAGAUUCAUUGUAGUUAGGCGAGUAUUCCUGCUGAUGGGGCUGCUCUAUAUGAUGCGAAGUAUCACGAUGUACGUGACGGUCAUGCCGAUCGCCAGCAAGACCUAUUAUUGCAGCCCGAAGGCGAACAACACCAGUCCGCUACUCGUGACGAAGAGGGUCCUGCAGCUCAUCUCCGGCUUUGGUUUGUCCAUAAACGGCAGGCACACCUACUGCGGGGAUUACAUCUACAGCGGGCACACGGUCGUGCUCGUGCUCAGUUACCUGAUCAUCAAGGAAUACUCUCCGAGAAGGUGUCAACCGAUCCACUGGUUAGCGGGUCUCACGGUGCUCGUCGGGGUAAUUAUGGUCCUGGUAGCUCACGGUCACUACACCGUGGAUGUACUUAUAGCUUACUAUGUUACUACACGCCUGUGGUAUAUUUAUCACACGCUAGCCAACAACCCACAUCUUAAGCAAUAUGGACCAAACAACUUUUUGGCCCGGCUCUGGUGGUUUCGAAUCUUCAAGUAUUUCGAGAAAAAUGUGGGCGGCACAGUGCCACGACAAUAUGACUGGCCUCUACCUUGGCCUCGACGGUUUCUUGCCAAGCACCCUAACCGAGAUAGUUAAUACUGGUCCUGAUGUCACGAUAGAGGCUGUUAAACAAAGGAAUUACUUUUGUUGUAUAUAUUCUAUACAUAUACAUGUACACACAUACCUGCGUAUAUAUAUAUAUAUAUAUACAUCUUAGGCUCGUUAAGUGGAAGGUAAAGCUAGAGACGGAUAAAUGUGGGACGUACGACCGUUUAAAGAGCGGCCACACUCAUUGUGGAAGCAUGACGCUUUGUGUCGUUCACUUCUUUGUAAUCUGAUGAUCGUGAAUUCGCAGACACAAUACUCGUGCUCUCUCACGUAAAGUCAUCGUCCAAUCGGCCCGAAUUUACUUUUCGCUUGAUUUUGAUACGAUUUAUAUACAAUGUAAAGAGUAGAUAAAUGAUGGACGGAGUUUACGGUAGUUGUAGCGCGAAGAUUCGGCUGGUGGGAGGGUAAGAGCUUGAGCGUUACCGUACAAUCGACAUGUUUUAUUAUUAAAACCCGCAUACAAAUCGCGUUCGCAUACCUUCAUAUAGCUGUGUAAAGAAGAAAAAACAAACAACAAAUCGAAAGUAAUACGGUAUAAAUAAGUAAAUGUUAGGAGAAAUUAAGACGCGCGUCUACCGAGUAGAUACGUGUCUCUAGAGACUCGAGCGCGAUCACCGCGUAUUUUUAAUCUCUCCGGCGAGUCGUCACGUCGUAAAAGGUAACAUUUCACGAUAGGAUGCAAUUCGAAUCUUUCCCCCCCUCCCCCCCCCCCNAGACGAAUCUCCGCAUUGCGUUCUUAAUAUGUCUCGACUUCCAGUACCUAGAUACGUCGUCGUCCUCAACUUCGCAUUCGCGGCACGAAUUAUUCCGAUGAAAAACAAGUUCGCAGAGAAAUUUUUGCCAAAGGUGCGCCGUCGUCGCGUCCGCGCGGCGCGGCACACCUCUCCCUUGAUAGUCCCCGCUGUAGUUUCCCACCAUGUCGAUUCUCCUCGAAAUUGUUUCCCCGCGCUUCGUCGGCGAGUUAACAGCCCGAUCCAGUACUCUAGAGGCGAUUGUGCAAUUUCGUGGGACCAAAACCAGGAGCGCUCAAUAAUAGAUGUUAGUUCAUGUAGCAGUGACGAAUUGUAAACGCAAGCAUAUAUAUAUGUAUAUCCCCGAGUCGCGAGGUGGCAUGAUCUCCAUCAAAUAUUCGACCCAAUUGACAUCACCGGCGUCGACAACGGGCUCGAUAACAUCAUCGAUCGAGGAUUCCGUGCCGUAAAAGAAAUAGCUCACGCGAGUCAACGAAUACGAAUAACGCCGGUCGCGUGGAUGGAAUUCGGACCCACUACCUGCCAUUAAACAAAUUAUCGUCGAUUCGCGCUUAGAACGUACAUACGCCAUGCCUCAGAUUCGGAACGAGUUUGUCUCGCGAGGAACGCGCGUUUUCCAGAGGACAUACAUAAACACACAUACCUGACUCUUCUAACUUCCACUCAAGCAGCGUCGUCCUCGUGCUGUCUCAUACGAAAGUAUCAUAUCUAGAGUAACGAAGAGAAAAAAAGAAUCCUAAAGGAAUAAUACUAACGAUAAUAAAAAAAAAAAAGAAAAAAAAAGAAAGUACUGACGCCGCGUUCGUGUUUUCACGGAAUAAGAUCGUCGCACGCUUGUGCACACACACAUACACCGGAUGUUGUCAUAUAUAUAUAUAUAUAUUAUACAUAUACACAUGCGGAGGCGAUGUAACACGCGAAUCGUGCGAACUGUUAGCGGGGCAAUUUUUGCGUGAAGGGUGCGCGCGCACGAAUAAUCGACCGAUUUUUGCUUUCUCGCACGAUUCUCUUCUCUUCCUUUGUUCUUCUCGCGUCUCAUCUCUUCGAUUCCUUGCGUCUCUUGCCCCGUUCUCUUUCCCCGAGAAUAAAAUGUCUUACGAGAGAAAGAGAACAACGCUCUGUUUCUAUUAUAAUUUAAUGAUGACGAUAUUGCGAUGUUCUUCUAUUGAGGAGACGCGCGAAGAUGUGUCUGAAUCUCAGUUGAUAUUGUACAAGUAGGCGGUUAAUGAUCGCCAUAGGCGUGACACGUCCGUACGUUUUUCUAGCGUCCGAUAAGAAUGGUGUUGCUGCGUGUGUGCGCGCUCGCUGCAAGAGCGCUGGGUAAAACGUGUUUAAUUAUAGUUUUAAGAACAACUCGUUAGCUGCAGCCUGCGCGCAAAUUAUUGUUGAACCUUUAGUCCCACUAAUUGAGUACACGGGAAAUACGCCUAUGCAAUUCUCCGUCGUUCUUCGUUGAUUAUUGUGUACGCUUGAGUGGUUAAUAAAAUUCUUUGCGACAUUCCGCCGAAGUCUGUGCGAGAAAGUCUACUACUAUCUAUAUUAGGAGGAUGCGAGAAAGCAGUCCGUACGAAAGGCGUCUUGGAAAGAAAAGAAGAAAAGAGAAUUUGUAAAAUGGCGUCGAAGAAUACUCAAUAUAAAGAUCUAAUUUGACUUUAGGUUACCCGCGGUUACGUUCCUCUUUUGAUUGUUUCCGGAGUGCGAUCGGGACGCAUUUGACGAUCGAGUAUCGAGAGCUCCGAUUUUAGUAGGGAGAGAGGGAAGGCGAGAGAGUGAGUGAAUAAGACAGAGAGAUCCGAUAUAACGCCGUAGGAUGGCGUAAAUUAACUCUUUUCCGUCUGUGAUGAUAAACAAACAAAAAAAAAUCCGCGCAAAUCGCCGAAUUGCGCGAGGUCUCGCGGUCUCGAAUAGUGUAGCGAGCGGAUCAAUUCCGAGCGAUGUGUCCCUUACGGCCACCUGAUAUUUCUUCUCGACAUUCAGAUUAUAGAUUGAGUGUAACUGUUGAAUAUACAUAUAUAUUUUAAUAAGAUCAAUGUGGUUCUCGUGGUAAAUAACUUUUAGCUGGCGGCGCGGCGCACUCAAAUGGCGCGCGCGACGAUGCGUAUAACGCCGUUUUAGGAGGUAUACAUACAUAUAUAUAUAUAUUUUUUUUAAACGUGUGCAUAAUGUAUAUAGGCGCACUCUCAGCUGAACUCGUAUGUGUAACAAUAUAUAUAUAUAUAGGGCGAGUGUGUUGAACUUAACCGUUAAAUUCGAACGCGAGAACGGACUCGACGGACGCAGGCAUACCCCCACGUACACAUACACACACAUUCAGAUAUUAUAUAUAUAUAUAUAUAUAUAUAUAUAUAUAUAUAUUUUACUGUCGGACAUGCGUUACUCGCGUACGCCCGACGUGGUGACACGCGUGCAAUGCAUGUUCCGCGGUGCUAUUGUUGCCCCUCUGCCGGAUAGGCGGAUACGCUUUGUACGCGGCGAAAACAAGAACUUCGAUGUGUAGAGCUUAGAUCGGCCCGACGUUUACGAGGAGCGCGCAAUGGUUUGAUCCGACAUGAUGGAUGUUUGCGUGGCCAUGAAAAUGAGCCAAAGGAUCAUAUCCUUCGAGCACACUGUCGUGUAUUACAUACAGGUGGGCACAUACGCGUGCGGAAACGCGCUCAUGUGUAAGUUUGUACGUGCACGCGGAUACAAGUGUCUAAGAAUGAUUUACUCACACGCACACGCGAUGGAAGGGAGCUCCUGCUGUUAACGGGAGGGCCUUGUUGAUGUUUAUAAUGUAAGAGAUGACAGAUAUAACAAGUAAAAGAGUUCAUAUUAUUAUAUUACACACAGCCCGUGAUACACAUGCACGCACGCGCGCGUGGAUAUAAUAUGUAUGCGUGUUUAUAUGUAUAUACAUAUACAUAUAUAUAUAUAUAUAUAUCUAUAUUUUUACGUGUAGAUAUUUUUUGGUAACUUGUUAAAAUAAUCUGAUUAGACCAGUUAAGUAUAUAAAUAUAAAUAAAUAAAUUAUAUAUAUGAAUUUUAGAGAAGGGGAUUAUAUACGUUGUAAAUAGCAGUAGAGCGGGGAGAGCUUUUGUCACCACGUGGAGUCACGUUGUAAGCGAAUCAAAAUUUUGUUACCGUUAUUAUUAACAAUCGUACUAUAGCGAUUUCCGAUUGUUCACGAAGCAUAAUCGCAUUCCGUGCAUUAUUAUUACAUUUUCCGACUGGACUGGUUAAAAAACACGCGCAACUUUUUUCUGUUACCGUAUGUUGUACAUAAAAGAAAGGUCUUUUAAUAGUUACUCGUCUGUGAGGAACACAUCGAUAUUAUAGAUUAUAUUAUUACAAUAAAGUACAAGUUGUGUAUUCGACUUUACUUUAUAUACUUCUGUAUUUAUAAUAUUUAUUACGUUUUUCAUAUGUGUUGAUGUAAUAAAGUUUCAGGUAUACUUUA